GAUCGAACCGGGCACAGAAAAACUUUAGAAAACCAAGGACCCGACGCGGCAGAGUAGACACACCGCACCACCACCCCCCGCCUCCUCCUCCUCCUCUCCUCGCCGUGCCCGAUGAAGGCAUGAAGCCGCCCCCGAGACAUGCCUCCUAGCCCCCGCACCUCCUCCUGCGUCUCGCCCAAGCCUCUCGCGCCGCAGGCAUGCUGUUCGCGCGCCGCGACAUCGAGGCCGCGGGCGCCGGGGGGUCCGACGACUCGCCGGCCGCCAAGAGGGGCAAGCCGGAGGCAGCCGGAGCGCGCCCCUCGCUGACGCGGACCGAGGCGGCCGCGGCCGCCUCCGUGCUGGCGCUCUUCCUUGUCGGGAUCUUCUGCGUCCUCCGCGCCGCGCCCCGCCGCGAGUUCGAGCAGAUCCUCCGCCUGCCGCGCAGCCUCGCAGAUGUCCGCCUCCUCAAGGACAAUCUGGCUGUGUAUGCAAGAGAUUAUCAGGCUAAUUUUAUAUUAGGAUAUUGCUCAAUAUACAUCUUCAUGCAAACAUUUAUGAUCCCUGGAACAAUAUUCAUGUCCUUACUUGCUGGAGCUCUUUUUGGGGUGGUCAAAGGUGGCAUUUUGGUCGUUUUCACUGCUACAGCAGGUGCUUCAUCUUGCUACUUUGUUUCCAAGUUGAUUGGGAGGCCAUUAAUUAGCUGGUUGUGGCCUGAAAAACUGAGGUAUUUCCAGUCAGAGAUUGCCAAAAGGAAAGAGAAGCUGUUGAAUUACAUGCUUUUUCUUAGAAUUACACCAACUUUACCCAACACAUUCAUAAACAUGGCAUCACCUAUUGUUGAUAUACCUUUCCAUAUUUUCUUUGCUGCAACACUAAUCGGCCUCAUCCCAGCAUCUUAUAUCACUGUAAAGGCUGGUAGGGCACUAGGCGAUCUAAGAUCAGUUAGGGAACUGUAUGACUCAAAAACACUAGUAAUUCUGUUCCUCAUUGGAACUGUUGCUGUUGUUCCAACAAUUCUGAAAAGGAAGAGGAUAUACGAAUGAUGCCACUGAAAGCAUCUAAACACUGUAUUAGUAUCGAGCACUCCAGAAGAAUAGUAUCAAGGACUCCAAAAGUAUAUUAGUUUUUUUUUUCCUUUCUUUUUGUUGAUAUUGUAUACCUAUUCGAUUUUAGCCGAAGAGAUGUAACAUGAUGAAUGUUUUCCUUAAUAAUAGAUGACGCUAAGAUGUUGCAUCUGCUGCUCCAUUGUUCUGAAAUUUCCGCGUCUCAUUUAAC